UCUACAACUGGAAAACUCUCAAUAAAUUAAAUAAAUGAAAGUUGUCCAGCAAGUUUCAUAAGAUAUUUUGAAAUUACGCUCUAAAAAGGAGAAAACACAUCAUAUAAAAUUAACUUCACUUUUAUACAUUUUUCAGGAUAUUGUAGAUCAAACGUUGGUUGUUGCAGGAUCUUUGGCAGUUGUAUGGACAGAUCAUCGGUUAUCUUGGAAUGAGUCGCAAAAUGGCAACGUGUCAAGACUUUACUACAGAUCAGAUCAAAUAUGGAGACCAACGCUUGUGCUGCAAAACUCUGUAACAGGGAUAGAGGUGAUAGGCGACAAUGGAAAUCAGAAAAGUAUUCCAAUAAGUGUAACUUCUGGUGGUUUGGUCUUUUGGCUAGCUCCAGCUUAUUUUACUUCAUAUUGCUCUGUGGAUAUUUCUAAAUUUCCCUUCGAUACACAGACAUGUGAACUAGUGAUUUCAAGUUGGGUGUUCACAACUGAUUCUCUGAAGCUAAUUCAUCUAAGUGAAGCAAUUUCUAUGGACCGUUUUGAACAGAAUGGUGAAUAUGACGUCAUACGGUCAUACACACGAAUCAAUGGUUAUCCACUAUUUACUUCUUCUGUUGAAAACCUGGUUUUCGUCAUAGAACUGAGACGGAAGUAUUCCUACUACUUGGUGAAUGUUGUUUUACCAGUAUUUUUCAUGCAACUACUUGGUUUAGUUGUAUUUUUGGUUCCAACGGAAUCCGGAGAAAAGUUGACGUUCGCUCUCACAUUGUUGCUCUCACUGACGGUGAUGAUGACGCUAGUGGCAGAGAAAAUACCGACGACGUCGUUACAGAUACCUACUCUGAGUAUCUAUAUGCUGGGCGGCACAGUUAUUAGCAGUCUAGAACUUAUAAUGACAGUGGUCAUUCUUCAAUUCAAACAUUAUGACAAGGAAGGAAAUCAUGUGACCAGGCGAAUGCAAUCUUUUGCAACCUUUCUAGCAUUGCUAACAUGUACGAAAAGGAACAAAAUUGAUAGCAAAACAGAGACAUCUCCAAAGUUGGCAAACAACUGUAGUUUAACUAUAGUAGAAGAGAUAACAAAAGAAGAUACGUUUGAGAAAGAUGUGCUAGAAACAAAAGACUCCGAUGAGAAUGACCCAACAUUCACGUGCGCAUUCACGUAUGAAGAAAUCGCAUUGAUGAUGGACAGAUUUUCAAUAUUUUUAUUUGCUAUUGUUACCUUACUGUUCACUUUAUCAAUGCUUGUAAAGAUGUCAUGAUUCUACUUAUCCUUUAAUGAUAAUGUCAUGUCAAAUCUUUGUCUGAAGUAAUAUAAAUAUAUAAUUAAUAACUGUUGAAAGGAAAUGCUGAUGUUCAGUGAUUGUGCUUGGUAUUACAGAUAUAACUUUAAAAAAAAUAUCACACUUAGAAUUUCUCUUAUACAUUUUUAUUUAAAAUUGGUAC